UGUGAGAGGACCAAUAAGUAGUGUAAAAUCAAGGAAGACAUAAUUACGAGGCUGACCAUUUAGACAUUUGGUGAUGGAGGUAGGAAAUAAGGAAGAGGAGGUGAAGCCGGAGAUGGUGGCAGGCCUGGAUGAUGAAGAUGGGAACUUGGAGUAUGAGAUGAUGGAGGAUGGUGUGGAUGAUGCGAGUUUAGAGCGAGAGGCAUCUGGUGAUUUAAACUCCAUGGAUGUUGAGGAAGCUUUUCCGAUUGAUGAAAAUGAAGACUUAGUAGGAGAGCAAGAGCACCAGUUCCCAAAGAAGAAGAAUGGGAAGAUCACAGCUGCCGUAAUGGGAGGGAAUGCGAAGAAAAGACUUGUUCAGAGUUUCGUGUCUCCACGGAAAAAGGCAAUGGCAAAGCAAGCCAGUAAGGCGGGAGACAAGGGUCUAGUUCCCACAAAGAAGGCUUUGGUCAAGCCGAGACCAGACACGGAUUAAUUUCCCCUGGUGUUUUCAUUUAAUUUAAGUUAUGAAUAAGUGUUGGGCUUUUGAUAUAAAGUCUCUGUUUUUUCGUAUAUUGUUUUCUUGGUUUAAGUUGCCUCUGAUGAAAACUUUAUGCUUAU